AUGGAGGUGCUUGGAUUUAGUGUCCCGUUAUGGCUGGUGUUGAUCGUAGCCGUACUGGCUCUGUAUACAUAUAUGAUGAGUCGUCACCAUGGUACCUUUAAGAAGCUAGGUAUCCCAGGUCCUGCACCAUGGCCUAUCAUUGGUAGUCUUAUAGAGAUCAACAGUGGGGGUUUCCAGAAGUUUCAGAUGGAUUGUAUGAAAAAGUACGGAAAAGUUUACGGGUUCUAUGGCGGAUUGUCACCUUUAACACUUGAAGUUGGAGACAAGGAUAUGCUAAGGCAGAUUCUUGUAAAAGAAUUCGCUAACUUUUCGGAUCGAAUAGUAUUUAAAGGAUUCAAUGGGGACGCUGACGCUGCUAUAAAUAACCUCAGUGGGGAUCAUUGGAAACACGUGCGCAGCAAGAUCACCCCUGCAUUUUCUACUGGGAAAUUACGUAAAAUGGUUCCAUUGGUAGAUCAUGCCAGUGAUACGCUUGUGAAAUCUCUGAGGAAGAAUCUGAAAGAUGGAAAUGGAGUUAUUGAAAUGAUGGAGGUAUAUGGAGCCUACACAAUGGACGUGAUAUGUUCUACUGCCUUCGGUAUUCAGAUUGAUUCACAAAACAACCCAAAUGAUGAAUUCGUUUCCAAUGCAAGGAAGUUCUUGAUUUUAAAGUUAGCAUCUCCUAUCAUCUUAUGUUUGAUAUUUUUGCCCAAGCUCCACUUUUUGAUGCCCUAUUUAGGAAUAUCGUUCUUGGAUAAAGACAUUCAGGCGUUUUUCCGUAAGAUAACAACUAAACUUCUCGCGGAACGUGUCGCAGGAAGCAAGGAUCGCGUAGAUUUUCUCCAGCUGAUGAAAAAUGCUCAGCAAGAAAAUGAAGAUUCCGACAAAGAAGAUGACGAAGAUAAUAAUGAUAACAGUUCUGUAAACAAACCGUCCACCGCCUGGUCUAGGAAAGGUAUCACAUUCGAUGAAAUUCUUGGAAAUGCCGAGGUAUUCUUCUUCGCUGGGUAUGAGACCACUACGAUAACACUGGCAAUGGCUUCAUACUACCUCGCCUUGUACCCAGAGUACCAGGACAAGCUCCGUCAGGAACUGACAGAUAAAAUCGGUUCACAACAGGUGACCUAUGACAACAUUCGUGAGGUCAAAUACCUGGAAAUGAUUAUUAAUGAGACUCUCAGAAUCAACCCUCCCGCUACACGGACCGACAGAGUCUGUUUGAGAGAUACGGAAAUCAAUGGUAUAAAGAUCCCGGCUGGUAUGAAUAUUAGUGUACCUAUAUAUGCCAUCCAUCACGACCCGGAUAACUGGGAAGAUCCCGACAAGUUCAUUCCAGAAAGAUUUGCAGACAAUGACAGUUACGACCCACUGACCUUUCUCCCGUUCGGAUACGGACCACGGAUUUGUAUCGGCAUGAGGCUAGUCCAAAUGGAGUUGAAAAUGUCACUUGCCAAAGUUGUUCGUAAUUUCAGGAUAUCCGUUUGCAGUGAGACCCAGAUUCCCCCUGAUAUGAUGAAGCUGGGAUUGCUUAAACCAAAAUCAACUAAACUCAAACUAGAAGAGAUCAAGUAAAGCGCUGACCUGUGGGAAAACACGAUUUAGAAAAUCUAUAAUGGAACAAUUCAAACAUCGAAUUUGGAUUCAUUUGGUAUUUAGUAUCACUGGUGAAUCCUCGACAACUACAAUUAUACAUGGUGUAGCUGGUGUAGCAAAUCUUACUCGUUUUUAUCUAUUUUUUUUAAGUUAUCUUUAUCGACUUUCAAAUUUCACUUUUUAUGUAUCAACCUAUUGUCCUAUUUAUGUUAAUAGAAGAUACACAAGGUAAAAUACAUACGACUAUUUGAACAACUGUGAUAUUCUGGAUUAGAAAAUUGUUUAAGCUGUGUUUAUUUUCUUUAAUUCGAAGUCAAAACUGGUACUAUUUCAUGACGUACUGUGCGUGAAGACAGUAAGUGAUAAAAACCACGAAACAAUCCUUUGCCUCAACGGAAAAGAUGGCCGCCAUUUUUGGGCUAGCGUCAGAAUUCAUUAGUGUAUAUAAGUGAUUAGAUCAUGAAAAGUAUCAAUUAAAACCAAG